GCUGCUGAUGCUUUUGAUGUUACAUUUUAUUCUUUGAUGCUAUCUCCAUUUAAAUGUCAUUUGCAUGAUUUGGAGGGUUGUGCUGCUUUGGAUGGAGAACCAAACCUCGGUGAUUCCUCUCAAACAGCCGAUUGUUUUUGAACUGGAGGGCUUUGAUGUUCAACCAGGCAACGGACCGUUCUUGUUUCUGUUGGCUUUGCUCGCCUACAUAGCGGUGUUACUGGGGAACGGUGUGGUGAUCUGUGUUAUUAUGACUGACAAGAACCUGCACAGGCCCAUGUUUGUUAUGCUCUGUCACCUCAUGGUCUGUGACCUGCUGGGGGCCACAAUGGUGCUUCCUCGCCUCAUGAUGGAUCUGCUGAUGGGGCUGAAGAAGAUCGCCUACAUCCCAGCCAUACUCCAGGCAAUCUGCGCUCACACAUAUGGUGCAGCAAUGUUGACAGUUUUAACUGCAAUGGCCUAUGACAGGUAUGUGGCAGUGUGUGAACCUCUCAGGUAUCACUCCAUCAUGACUUCGGCUCGGCUGCACAGCUGCUGCGCUGUGGCCUGGAUCGUUGCUCUGCUGCUCAUCGCUGUGCUCUUCUCCUUCCACAUGAACGUCCCACUGUGCGGCCAUAUAGUCCAAAAUGUCUACUGCAGCAACCGGGGAAUCCUGAGCCUGGCCUGCAUUCCCACACCUGCCAACAACAUUUAUGGUCUGGCGAUGACCUGGACUUUGAGCACAGGGACCUUCAUCAUCAUCGCCUAUUCCUACAUCAGAAUCCUGAGUGUUUCCAUAAAACAAGGCAGAACAAACAGCAGCAUCCGCAGCAAGGCGUUUCAGACCUGCGCUCCACACAUUGUUGUUUACGUUCUCUAUGAAAUCGCUAUAAUGACUGUGAUUGUGAGUUACAGGUUCCCCUCUCUUUCCCAAAAUAUAAAAAAGUUCUUCAGUAUCCUUGUCUAUAUCAUUCCCCCCAUUAUUAACCCCAUCAUCUACGGACUGGUCAGUAAAGACCUGAGGGUCAGCUUCAUCAAACAUUUCUUAACCAGAGUAAGAAGCCAUCACUCCCAGAAUGGUUUGCAUUGCUACGCCGUAUGUGUGAACACAGAAACCCUGAGCAAUAGCUGGGAGGUAGCUGAUCUUCUUCUGCCCCAUCAAGAAGUGCAUCAUGAGCCUGGGAAGCACCGCCGUGGCCCCCAGCAGGUCACAGACCACCAGGUGGCAGAUCAUCACAAACAUGGGUCUGUGCAGGCUCCGGUCCAUCAUGAUGACACAGAUCACCACACCGUUCCCCAGCAGCACCACCAUGUAGGCAAACAGAGCCAAGAAGAACAAGAGUGGACCAUGUCCUGGUGGAACGUCGAAGCCCUCCAGUUCAAACACAAUCGGCUGCCUGAGAGGAGUGAAUGUCAGGUUCUCCAUCCAAAGCUGGACAGCUCUGGUUUAAUCUGCUUGUCUCACAGAGCUGUCCAGCUUUGGAUGGAGAACCUGACAUUCACUCCUCUCAGGCAGCCGAUUGUGUUUGAACUGGAGGGCUUCGACGUUCCACCAGGACAUGGUCCACUCUUGUUCUUCUUGGCUCUGUUUGCCUACAUGGUGGUGCUGCUGGGGAACGGUGUGGUGAUCUGUGUCAUCAUGAUGGACCGGAGCCUGCACAGACCCAUGUUUGUGAUGAUCUGCCACCUGGUGGUCUGUGACCUGCUGGGGGCCACGGCGGUGCUUCCCAGCCUCAUGAUGCACUUCUUGAUGGGGCAGAAGAAGAUCAGCUACCUCUCUGCCAUUAUUCAGGGUUUCUGUGUUCACACAUAUGGAGCUGCAAUGCAUACCAUCCUGGGGGUAAUGGCUGUUGACAGGUAUGUGGCAGUGUGUGAACCUCUCAGGUAUCACUCCAUCAUGACUUCGGCUCGGCUGCACAGCUGCUGCGCUGUGGCCUGGAUCGUUGCGCUGGUGCUCAUCGCUGUGCUCUUCUCCUUCCACGUUAAUCUCCCUUACUGCCGUCGAAUCAUUCAGCACGUCUACUGCAGCAAUAAGUCCAUAAUGAAUCUGGCCUGCACUCCCCCCCUUAUCAGCAACAUCUACGGUUUAUUCAUUGCUUGGUUCGUGAGCACAGGGAUGUUUGUCGUCAUCGCUUAUUCCUACAUCAGGAUCCUGAAAGCGGCUUUCAAGCAGGGCAGGAACGACACCAGCAUCCGCACCAAGGCCUUCCAGACAUGUGCGUCACACUUUGUUGUGUAUGUCUUCUAUGAAUUAGCCACGUUGAUUAUAAUCGUUAACUACAGAUUUCCAUCCACCUCCCAAAACAUCAAUAAGUUUCUUGGCAUCCUGUUCAUCAUCGUCCCUCCAGCCAUCAACCCCAUCAUCUAUGGGCUGGUCAGUAAGGACCUGCGCUCCAGCAUCAUCAAGCACUUUUCUACCAGAACCGUUCCCAAGAACUGA